CGGGUGGCACCGAGAGUAGUGUGGCUGAAGCGGAGCUCGGCGGCCACCCGUGCCCCAGCAGUAUGCAAUCCGGAGCGCGAGUGAUAGGGAGGCUCGUUCAGUGGUCGUCGUGGUUUUAUCCCCCCUCCCCCCAGCCUCCUUUACGAUUGAACUUUGGUACACACUAAACACUACAAAAAUAAUGAGCUCGCGCGAGCUUUAAGGGCGAGAGAGAGAGUGUGUGCACGUAGACAGGACCAGGGCGAACGAGCUCCACCCAGGAUCGCAAGGAGGAGCAUCGCUCCUUUUUACGCCUCGACAGGCCCAAAAUUCACAAAUACAACACGGUACCGACACACCAAAUCGCGCCAUACGCGCAAGGAAGGAAACAAUAAAAUAAACAGCCGUGCGUGGGCGCGCUCGCUCGCGUGUGUGUGUUGGUGCACCACAUAUUUAUAAGUGUAUACAUAGGUAUACAUAGCAAGAGACAUUCAGGAGGUGCGUGAGUGCUUUUGUGCGGAAGGAGUAGGACGAGGGGCACACACGUAAAGUAAACACGCAAGUCGGCAGAGGAGUAGCAUUGAAUGUAACCACACGUAUAUGUAUAUAUAUAUAUAUAUAUAUAUUUACGCGUAGGGUGUCGAGAGCAGCCCCCAUCGAUCGAGGCUGCGCCCCGGUGCUGCUCCCGCCGUCUAUAACCUUCUACCCGUGGCGCCACACGGCCCCGGGACAAGCGUCUCGUGUCUCACCCACCCUCCGUUUGGUAUUAUCCCUUGCUGGGCAAAACCAAGGAAGGGACGGAGACAAAUAACACACCCACACAAGCGCUGUACUCACAAGGAGAUGAAGUAGAAAGAGGAGGAGGAGGAGGUGGCAAGGUCGAGGAGGGUCGCAUCGGCACGUAGUAUAGAGUAUGGCUCGAGGCUCCGUGCAUCCGUCACGUAGAGGCAGCCAGUAGCUCGAGGGAACGUGCAAUCGGAAGUCUGAUCAAUAAACAGAGAGACAAAUAAAUAAAUAAAAAAAAAAAGGGGGGUAAGGUGGUAACAAUGGCCUGGGGCUACUGGAGCGCGACCUCGGUGAGCGACCGGGGCCGCUCGCCUCGUCGCGACCGCGACAAACACCAGGGCAGCAGCGCCCACGGCUACCUCCAGCAGCACCAGCAGCAAGCGCCCGGCAACAACCUCCUCCAGCAGCAGGAGCUACAGGUUCCCCAAACCUCCCAACAGCAACAGCAGGAGCCCAAGGUCGCGGAGCUCGUCACGGUGCACCACACCGAGCAGUCGCAGCCGUACCCGGCCCAGGGCUCCACGGCUGGUCUGUCCCUCUCGGCCGAGCAGCUGUUGCACGCGGGUGGCUCCGGUACCCAGCACCAGCACCAAAUCCAAGCCGAGCUAGCCGCCGCCGGUGAUGCCCAGGGCGGUGGCCUACAGGACCGCCCGACCACCGGCAAUACCUCGGGCUUCCAUCCCGCGUCGUACGCCACCUUGUCCACCCGCGCCCGCGCCGAGAGCCUAUCCUCCGGGGUACGGCCCACUCCGAGCAGCUACCCACCCACCUCCCUGAACCACAGCCCCGUCGAGAGCGACUACGAGCUCCUGCCCGGCUGUUACGGUAUCCACCAUCGCCACGACCACCGCCACGAGGACCGCCCGCUCCCCCAACGCCGGGCCACGUUGUCCUCCUCCUCCUCGUUGCCAGGCCGGGACCACCACCUCGUGCACGCCUCCUCGCGGAUGAAGCUCAUCAGGGACGACGACGACGACGACGACGAGGAGGAGGAGGGUCUCAUCGAGGGCUUGUCCGACGUGGAGUUUGACGACGCCCUCAGCACCGAGAUCAGCAAUUACCCGAGGUACGGGCAACAGCAGUACCUGCACCACCACCACCACCACCAGCCGUCGGGUUGUCUGUUGCACGGGAUGCCGGCCUACAGGGUCUCGGCCUCCGAGAACCCCUCGCCACCCCUGCCCCCGGCCAUGGCUGCUGGCGACCACACACCCGGUGGGGACACCCAAGUCUGGCUCGACGACAUCUCAUGGGUCUUUCCCAAUGUACCGCCUGCGCCGGGGAUGCCAUGCCAGGGCGAGGACCGGAGUAUCUACAGACGCGGUGCACGCAGAUGGAGAAAGCUCUACCGGGUGAACGGACACAUAUUCCAGGCCAAGCGUUUCAAUAGGCGCGCCUUUUGCGCCUUCUGCCAGGACCGAAUCUGGGGUCUAGGCCGCCAGGGUUUCAAGUGCAUCCAGUGCAAGCUCCUGGUGCACAAAAAGUGCCACAAGCUCGUGCGCAAGCCCUGCCUGAACCAGCAACAACAGCCGGGCGGCCCGGGCGACCAGCAGACCGGUGAGCGGAACGGCGAACAGGCCCAACUCGACUCGUCCCCCCAAUCGAGUCCUCAGGGGAUACACCUCGACUUUUACCAUGGCACCGACAACACCAACGAGGAGGGCGCCUACGGCCGACUUGGUUCGUCCAAGGAUCACCAGCACCGCUACAAGGACAACAGCAAAGCCGGCUCGGAUUCGGCGGGAGGUUCAGCCGCGACGACGGGCCCGGGUGAGCUCGAGGGUGGCGAGGAGCUGGCCCUGGACGAGAUGGCGGGCGUCGAGGGGGCGAGCGACCGGCAGUACAGCCUCCAGGACUUUGAGCUGAUACGGGUGAUUGGCCGCGGCUCGUACGCCAAGGUGCUCAUGGUCGAGCUCAAGGCGACAAAGCGCAUAUACGCGAUGAAGGUCAUCAAAAAGGCCCUGGUCACCGACGACGAGGACAUCGACUGGGUACAGACGGAAAAACACGUCUUCGAGACUGCCUCGAAUCAUCCCUUCCUCGUCGGCCUCCACUCGUGCUUCCAGACGCCCUCGAGGCUCUUCUUCGUCAUCGAGUUCGUGCGGGGUGGUGAUCUUAUGUUCCACAUGCAGAGGCAGCGCCGGCUACCCGAGGAGCACGCCAGAUUUUACGCCGCCGAGAUCAGUCUCGCCCUCAACUUUUUGCACACCAAGGGUAUAAUUUACCGGGAUCUGAAGCUCGACAACGUCCUGCUCGACCACGAGGGCCAUGUCAAGCUGACCGACUACGGCAUGUGUAAGGAGGGUGUGCGCGAGGGCGACACCACGGCAACCUUCUGCGGCACGCCGAAUUACAUAGCGCCCGAGAUCCUGCGGGGCGAGGAUUACGGCUUCUCGGUGGACUGGUGGGCUCUGGGAGUCUUGCUUUACGAGAUGCUGGCGGGCCGGAGUCCGUUCGACAUAGCCGGGGCCUCGGAGAAUCCGGACCAAAACACCGAGGACUACCUCUUCCAGGUCAUACUGCAGAAGACCAUACGUAUACCGCGCUCGCUCUCCGUCAAGGCUGCCUCGGUGCUCAAGGGUUUCCUCUGCAAGGAGCCGGCCGAGCGCCUUGGCUGUGGUAGCCGGAACGCCUUCACCGAUAUCAUGAACCACCCGUUCUUCAAAGCCAUCGACUGGGAGAUGCUGGAGCAGAAACAGGUCACGCCGCCGUACAAGCCGCGGCUGAAUUCCGAUCGCGACUUGGCAAACUUCCCGCCCGAAUUCACGGACGAGCCAGUACAUCUCACGCCCGAUGAUCCGCGAGUGAUCGAGAGGAUCGACCAGACGGAAUUCGAGGGUUUCGAGUACGUGAACCCGCUGCUCAUGUCGUUGGAGGACUGCGUGUGACAAGAGACGCCGAGCCAAGAAGCGUCGUACAGCGAGGAGGAUCAACACCUCGCCAUCGUGAUCCAGCACACCCAGCACCAGCAGCACACCCA